AUGAGUGCGGAAGCGGCGGCGGCGGGGAAGGAGAAGAUCAUGACGCUGAUCAGCAGCGACCUCGAGAAGUUCGAGGUGGAGGAGUCGGCGGCGAGGGAGUCGCGGACCAUCGGGAACAUGAUCGAGGACAGCUGCGCCGACAACGACAUCCCGCUGCCCAACGUCAACGCCAGGAUCCUCGCCAAGGUCAUCGUGUACUGCAGGAAGCACGCCGCGGCGCGCGGCGGAGCCGAUGGUGGUGAUGCGGAGCCAACAGCUGCGACCAACAAGGCAUCAGAGGAUGAGCUCAAAACAUUUUAUGCUGAGUUCGUCAAGGUUGACCAGGCCCACCCUCUUUGA